AACGCACGUCACGCCACACACUUCACUUGACGAGUUGUGGUUGUUUCUCUACGGCGGGAAGGGUGCACAUAAACUGUCGUCUAGUUCGACGAGAUGUUUUCUUUAUUACUGUGGCCGGCCAUCCUGCAUUACUGUGUAGCAUUUAACAUUGACACUAAUCUACCUCUAGUUAGACAAAAUGAUCAAAAGGGAAGCUAUUUUGGCUUCUCGGUCGCACAGCAUCAAGCAUCGAACAGUGACUCUUCUGUCACAAGCUGGCUUCUUGUAGGAGCUCCAAAGGCUAACGUUAGUGAAAUGCUGACUAAAAAUAUCGUUAACCCGGGUGCUGUAUACAAAUGUGAUCUGACUAAACCAGAUUGCGAGCAAAUUGACUUCGAUACGGGAGGCAACACAGUAGAUGCUGAUAAUGAAGAGCUGGACGACAAGAGCAACAUGUGGUUUGGAGUGUCUUUGCACAGCUCUGGGCUAGAUGGAACUGUCUUGUCCUGUGCCCAUAGAUAUUUAUACUAUGGACGUCUACGCAAGUACCACAUGUAUCCAGGAAGGUGUUUUUCUACAAAAAAGAAAAUGAGUGCUAGAUCAAUUUAUGCUUAUGAAGAAUGCAAGAAAAAGAAUGACGAGGAUGCAAGUAAUCCCAAUUCUGUUGCAACUUACACCAAACAACUUUACUGCCAGAUGGGUGUCAGCUCAAUGUACAUUCCUGACAGGAAUGCUAUGACAUUUGGUGCUCCAGGAUCAAUGAACUAUCAGGGUGUCCUAUAUUACCAUCAAGAUGUCCCUAAUUUUGGAGCCCAGAUUUACAAUGAUUCAGCACCAUUUGGCUAUCAAGGCUACUCUACAUCAAUUGGGACAUUCUUCACAAAAGGCCGCCUUGAUAUUGUAACUGGAGCACCUAGAUACAAUCAUCAUGGGAUGGUCGUGGUGUUUGCUGAUACAGCGUCUGCCGAGACCCCUAUGUUCAAGUCAAGGAGCGUUCUGCUCCCCACUGAAGCCGACGGGCCACCUCAACCCGGCUCAGGAUUUGGCUUCUCUGUUGCCGGCGUGGAUGUGAAUGGUGAUGGCUGGACCGACGUCGUCAUAGGUGCGCCAUUUUACUCCACGAAGAACUCGCCUAACGAAGGGCGUGUCUUCGUGUACACCAACAAUGGUGAUGGCACCUUCUCCAAGACUCGCGAGCUUGCGCCGAGUAUCGCUCGAAAGGGCGCUUACUUUGGGCACGCGGUGGCGAACUUAGGCGACCUUGACCAAGAUGGCUAUGAAGAUUUCGCUGUCGGUGCCCCAUACGAGGAAGGGACUGGUGUCGUGUACAUCUUCAAUGGCUCGGAAACCGGAGUGUCACAGAAAGCUGGACAGCUUAUAAAGCCAACAGACAUCAACCAGGACCUGAAAACAUUUGGUUCCUCGAUCGCGGGGAAACUGGACAUGGAUGGUAACGGCUAUCCAGAUUUACUGAUUGGCGCCUACACCUCCGAUAGCGUUGUGCUACUAAGGUCUAGACCAAUUAUUGACAUAAACACUGAUGUUAAUAUCACGCCGAAUCCGUUUAACAGCCGCAAUAAAACAUGCUCCAAGACCUUCAAAGGAAAGCUCAUCCAGACAGUUUGUAUUGACAUCGAAAUUUGUCUCAGUUAUUCUGAAAGAAGAAAUCGCACGCACGAUAAGUUAAGCAUAGAUCUUAAUAUCGAAGCGGAUGUUGAGUAUACUAGGAACUCAAGGACGUCGAAGCAGUCGCGUGUAGUUUUCUCAACCUCAGAAGGACCUGCGCUUAAUAAAACCUUGACUGACGCCUUACCGCACAAGCCCAGAAAAGCAUGUUUCUUAGAGGAAGUGUUCCUAAGGGAGAAUGUGGAAGAUGUUUACCCCGAUAUCACAUUCAGGAUAAACUAUAAAAUGCACGAGCCAUCCGUCCCACCCACGGCAGCACCAGGAACUCUUUCAUCCCUCAAAGAUUACGCCAUGCUAGAGACCAAGAAAGGCUCCUUCGCUUCUGCCAUGCUGAAAUUUCAGCGUGACUGCGUCAAGUGUGAGCCGAACCUCCAAAUUAGCGACAAGAGCGACAGAACACUGGCGGUGGGUGAGCGGGAUUAUGUAGUGGACGUGACGAUCUCGAACACUGGCGAAUCCGCUUAUAACACGGAGCUACUGGUUACCAUUCCCGAGGGGGUGGCCCAGAGUCGGGUGCUAGACGCCUCGGAUACAGACAAGGAAGCGUUCUCCAUUGGCCAUCAAGCGGUUUCAGACAAGACAGAGAACAACAGCACCAGGCUUCGCAUUCCCAUCGGAAACCCCAUGAAGACAAGGACUAUGAAAAGAGUCCAGGUUUUUCUAAAUACCGGUAGCUUCAGCAAGUCCCAGGACUUCCUUCCCAUUCUCCUUGAGGUCACGAGCUCGAACAAAGAACAACCCGAGCAGUUGAAAGACAACCUUAUUGAGCUCAACGUAACUAUCGUUUCUCAGGCUGACUUGGAACUCUCUGGUUCAUUUAAGCAAGAGCAAGUGUCGUACGGUGGCGAGGUCAAGGGAGAAAGCGCCAUGAGGGUUGAAGACGAGAUUGGCAAUGAAGUUCGUCACACUUACAUCGCUCAAAACAAGGGCCCAGACUUCGUGCCUGAAGCAGAAGUCGUCAUUCAGUGGCCGUUUGAGGCAACCAAUGGCAAGCAUCUGCUGUAUCUUAUGGAUGUUGAGAUAAGUGGUAAUGCUGAGUGCACAUUUGCUCCUGAUCAACCCAACCUGCUAGGUCUCAUUGUGAAGCCCAAAUCAUCUCCUGCACGUAACGUCACUUCACGGCAAUCAAGUAGUGAAUCGACCCGCACUACACGAGUGAGGCGAGCAGUGGAAGAGGAAACCAGCAUCAAGACCAAACGAGCAACCGCAGACGAGAGAGGGUCUAGUGUUAAACUGGACUGCGAGACUGGCACGGCCAGGUGCACGCCAAUCAGAUGCCUUAUCAAGCGCUUCGCCAAGGGCAAUGAAGUGUCUUUUGUUGUACGCUCCCGGAUCUGGGCCGCUACUCUUAUAGAGGAUUAUUAUAAUACAGACAAGUCGUCGGAGGUGACGGUUGUUUCUAGGGCCAGUCUCCGCGCAGCUGUCACCUUCGUCAGGGAGCUCAACAAGGAAAAUAACAAUGCAGAAGUCAAGACUCAGUUCAAUCCAGACUUUCCUCCACGCAAGUCAGACAAGUUGGCAAGCUGGGUCAUCCCUGUUGCCGUAGUGGGGGCAAUACUUGCUCUGGUGAUCGUAAUCCUAAUACUGUGGAAGCUUGGGUUCUUCAAGCGCAAGAAGUUCGAUGGGAAUAUUACUGAAGCUGAAAUGGAAGCCAUACUUGCAGCUGAGAAGAAAGAGAAGAAUGCAAAUUCGGAUUCCUAAUAUUUUGAUCAUAAUAUUUUUAUCACAUUACAAUUUCUGCUCAUCAGAACUUGUGCAACUAACAUAAAGACACUGUGAGGAGACAUGCUGGAUUUACAGUCAAUGGACAGAGUUAACAGAGGCUCAGUAGUCUGUGGAUUUAUGUGUUAGCCCAUUAUCACUUCCCCAAUUAGUGUCCCUGUUAGUAGGGUGAUUAAGGCCUUGCCGGAAAUGGAGCCUGGGAUACAGCAGCACUUCGGUCUAUCAGGACUGUUAUCAGAGUUCAAGAAGCUGAUUACUACAGGUGCCACAGCAUGCAGGUUAUAAAUUGGAUCCAGAGGGCACUAACCAUGAGUUGACAUCCAGGUGCUAGGGUAUUCAUUGGCAACAAGACCGGUUUUUAGAAUCUGCAUUUUUACAAUUAUGAAUUACUAAAGUACUAUCUCAUGAGUGUUACCAUGCUAGUAUAAGCACAAGAAAAACAGAUUGUAUAGGCUCAUGAGAUAUAAUUUUUAAACAAAAACAAAUUCUUAUGAAGACUUUGUAGCAUACCUGUCUCGCCCAAAGAAUGUUUAAAUACUGCUUUGAGUAAUUGUUCCAGUAACCUGUAGUCUAAGUCAAGAUCUGUCCUCAAAUGGUUUAACAACUCCCCUGGCUACAGCUGGUGUACCACCCAAAUUAGGCAAUUUGUUCAGCCAUGUGCUAAAGACUUGAUAAAUUUUUUGCUUUACUUGUGAUAUUCCCAAGGUGCGAAAUGCACAUAUGCUAUAAACUAGAAUAAUAAUAUUUUCUUAGAAAAGGUGUACAUAUAUUUUUACAGCCAUGAUUUCAUGAUGAUUUCAAGCCUGGAUUACUGUAGUUCAGGCCCUUAUCCAGGGGUGUUAGGAUGCCAUAAUUCCUCCUCUCCCACCUAGAUCAGAGCUAACUAGCGUAGGCAGGCCCGUAGCCAGGAUUUUGAGUUGGGGGGGGGGGGGGGGGGUUCGUUUACCCAUUUAGCAGACCAUUUUCUCUUAUUAAGUAGCUUGCCCUAGCUCGAAGUGGUACCCAAUUUUUUUUCAUCAGAGCGACCUACCAGUCAAGUGGGGUGGUUCUUCUGAACCCCCCUCCCCCUGGCUACGGGCCUGUGUAGGGAAUGGUAAACUAAAUUAUUAAUUAAAUACAGUAAAAGAUCCUGUUUUGUGUAAGGUCGUGGUAAGCAUAAUUGAAUUGAUUUAUGUUGAUUGCUUGAUAUAAGGGAAAGGUAUGGGAAAUGGACAAACGCUGCACCCUCCCCCAUUUCUUAUCCUGCCCACAGUCUUUCAUGGUUUAAUGGUUCAAAACAGCAAUAAGUUGAGUUUAAAUGAUAUUUUUGAGGCGUUACUCAAGUGUUAUACAUCUAUAAAUAUGCUUAGUCAAUUUCUAAGGCUCAGCCGUGAUCAUGAUUUAAUUCACUUGAUUUUCUUUACUCUCCUUAAAUUUGUGGAACGAUGUAUACCAGCUUUAUAUUCUUGCUCCACAUCUUUAUAAAAACAAUUAGGGAUUUUAUUAAAAUAGCAAAAUUCCCCACACUACAUACUCCAAGUCGACUCCUACUGUACACUAUUUAAACCAACAGCGACUAUGGUAAUGUUUUACAUAGCUAAAAAUUGUAUUUGCUUUUAAAGAGGCAUUUUUGUGCUUAGUAUGAAACAAAAACUGAGUAAUUAAGAUAAAAUGAUAUAGCAUAAAUACAGCAUAAGGUAAGCAGUGCUUCAGCAAAUAUUAAAUGUCAAUUUCAGUACACUAUUUUACAAAAGAAAACUAAAUUAGACCUUCACACUUGGUAUACCAACUAAAAUAAAGGCAUACUCUAUAGUUCUGUUUUUUGUUCUCUGUUAUCAUACAAAUUGAAAAGAUUCUUAGGGAAUGAAAUACUAUACAUGACUACGCCAAAUGUUUGUAUUAAUGUUUGUAUUAAAGCUUGAAAGGCCAUCAACUAGUUUGUAAUAAAAAUAAGUUUUUCAA